AUGACUACUGUUCCCCAAAUACCAAUGACUACUGUUCCACGAAUACCAUUGUUUCCAUAUUUUUGUAUAUUUAUCGAUCAGUCCGUAACUGAUUCACAACAAAGUGUUGACAUGAGAUCAAUGUAUACAACGGCUGACGACUGUUUUCUCACAUUCCGUACGCGAGAUCUGCUUAGAAACCAUCUAUUAGUCCAUCAUUUAGUUUUGGACACUAAUAUCACAGCUGUGAAUAAAUUUAUUGAUAGUCAUCUUGAAUAUCAGGAUCAGCUCAUUGUAUGUAUGUCUGAGAACAGUCGUAUUCCGGGAAGGAAUCAAACUUUAUAUGACGGAUGUCCUCUUUGCGACCGAAUUAUAAUCGUAUUUAGCGGAAUAGUACAGGGAUUUUACAGAAGAAACAUUAAUAGUGAUUGGUUUGCCAAUAAUGUCGUCCAUAUUAACAGACAUAUCAAAUAUUUUCCCUAUGAAUGUCUUGACUGUAAAAAAAUUACCGAAAAUCACAAAGAGAUGACCGUUUGUGAGAAAGAGAUCUAUUCAAAGAUGAAACAACAUAUUGUCGAACAACACCUGAGGACAGCCAGACUAACAGAGUCGGAGUUGUAUACAGAGGUCGAUAAACGCGUUUUGAAACUAGAGAUUAACACUUUGGAUGAUUUGGUGUCGGAUGAAGAGCUUGGGAACAGACAGAACAACAACUCUGUAGUCUUUUACUAUUGUCUGUUCUGUUACAAGAAAUAUGUGACAAAAAAGAGAGCUAUCGAUCACUAUAUUAAACAUAUGAUGCCAUACCUUGUGUGCACUGUGUGUGCCAUUAAAUUCAAGACAUUUGAUGACUAUCGGCAUCACAAUAGUGAUCACUUGGGAUUUAAUGAAUACAUUUUGAAUGAUUAUACAAUUAAGCGUAAAUGGAUCAACAAAUUUAUCAAUUAUAUCAACAGUUAUGACAUUAAGAUGACUACUUGUGCCCUAUUUCAACACAAUUGUCUUGUUUGUCAAUUUGUAGUCAACGUACUUGAAUUCCCGGCCAAUGGCCAACCAUCGACAGCAACAACAAUCAGCGGGGAUAUCCUCUACAGCCAUAUUCACAAUCAUUUACAAUAUUUGCCGUUUGAAUGUAUUGAUUGUGAUUUAAAUUACAAUAAUAAAACUGAAUUCUGUUUGGAUUCAAUAGCUGAAGAUCACAUCAGACAAACACAUAAUCCAAUCAUUACCGACAGUCAAACAAUGUUAAAACGAUAUCUAAGAAGUAAUAAUUGUAUUGAAAAAUUUGAUCAAAUCAUUGAUAAAUCUGUUAAACAGUACAAACAAACUAAUGAAUACAUGGAUUAUAAUUAA